AUUAAUAUUCAUGAGCGUCCUCCUGGCCGUAGUAGGAUUCGUAAGUUGUCUCCGCGAAGAUGGCGGCGUGUAGACGUGUGCAGCGACUGCUGCUGUUGAUAUUCAUCUCCGGCUGGAUGUCUUCCGCUCAUGGAGGCAAAUCGGACACCGAUAACGCCGCGGAUAAUCCCGAAAGAGGCAGAAACGCGGCGGGAGAGGGCAAAGCGGCGGCGCUGGACGGGGCCUCCGCGGUGCGGCGCAGCGGCGGCUGGAAGCUCGCGGAGGAGGCGGCCUGUCGGGAGGACGUGAGCCGGAUCUGCCCCAAACACUCCUGGAACAACAACCUGGCCGUGCUCGAGUGCCUGCAGGACCGAAAAGACGAGACUGAGAUCGCUGCAGACUGCAAUCAUCUGCUGUGGAACUACAAGCUCAAUCUGACGACUGAUCCGAAGUUUGAGUCUGUCGCCGUUGAGGUGUGCAAGACCACCAUCGGUGGGAUUAAGGAGUGUGCCGCUGAGGAACGUGGGAAGGGUUACCUGGUGUCGUGUUUAGUAGAUCACCGCACCAACAUCUCCGAGUACCAGUGUAACCAGUACAUCACCAAGAUGACCAGCAUCAUCUUCAGCGAUUACCGGCUGAUCUGCGGCUUCAUGGACCAGUGCAAGGACGACAUCAACAAACUGCACUGUGGAAGUGUCAACACUGGAGAGAAGGACAUCCACUCUCAGGGCGAGGUGAUCGCGUGUCUGGAGAAAGGCCUGGUGGCUGAAGCCGAGGAGCAGCUGGGUCAGUCCGUCAUCAAAGAGGAUUGUAAGAAAGCCAUCAUGCGUGUGGCCGAACUCUCCUCCGACGACUUCCACCUCGACCGCCAUCUCUACUUCGCCUGUCGGGAAGACCGCGAGCGCUUCUGCGAAAACACUCAAGCCGGAGAAGGAAAGGUCUACAAAUGUCUGUUCAACCACAAGUUUGAGGAGAGCAUGUCAGACAAGUGCAAGGAUGCUCUUUCCACUCGUCAGAAGCUGAUCGCUCAGGACUACAAGGUCAGUUACUCGCUGGCUAAAGCCUGCAAACCGGACCUGCGUAAAUACCGCUGCAACAUGGACACGGCCAUGCCGCGAGCCAGAGAGGCCAAGCUCUCGUACCUGCUGCUGUGUCUGGAGGCAGCCGUGCACCGAGGGCAAACCGUGAGCGGCGAGUGUCAGGGAGAGAUGCUGGACUACAGGCGAAUGCUGAUGGAAGAUUACUCGCUCAGUCCUGAGAUUGUGCUGCAUUGCAGAGGGGAGAUUGAUACGCACUGCUCCGGCCUGCACCACAAGGGUCGAACGCUGCACUGCCUCAUGAGGGUGUCCCGGGACAAGGGCAUCUUGGAAGGCCACUGCCAGAAAGCUCUCCAGACACUGAUACAGGAAACAGACCCCGGGGCCGACUAUCGCAUUGAUCGCGCUCUGAAUGAGGCCUGUGAGUCCGUCAUCCAGACCGCCUGCAAGCACAUCCGAAACGGAGACCCCAUGAUCCUGUCUUGUCUGAUGGAGCAUCUGUACACUGAUAAGAUGGUUGAAGACUGUGAACACAGAUUGCUGGAGCUGCAGUACUUCAUCUCCAGAGACUGGAAACUGGACCCCAUCCUGUACAAAAAGUGUCAGAACGAUGCCGCCCGCAUCUGUCACACUCACGGCUGGAACGAGACCAGCGAGUUCAUGCCGCCCGGAGCCGUUUUCUCCUGUCUGUACCGGCACGCUUACCGCACCGAGAUGCAGGGACGACGGUUAUCUCGGGACUGUAAGACGGAGGUUCAGAGGAUCCUCCACCAGAGGGCUCUGGAUGUGAAACUGGAUCCGGAGCUGCAGCAGCGAUGCAUGACAGACCUCGGGAAGUGGUGCAGUGAGAAGACUGAAGCUGGACAGGAACUGGAGUGCUUACAGGAUCAUUUAGAUGAUCUGGUCUCUAACUGCAGGGAUGUGGUGGGAAACCUCACAGAAUUGGAGUCUGAGGACAUUCAGAUCGAGGCCUUGUUGAUUCGAGCCUGUGAGCCUGUGAUCCAGUCCUACUGUCACGAGGUGGCCGAUAAUCAGAUAGACACAGGGGACCUGAUGGAGUGUCUCGUUGCCAAUAAACACCAGAAGGAAAUGAAUGAGAAAUGCGCCGUCGGAGUCACACACUUCCAGCUGAUCCAGAUGAAGGACUUUCGCUUCUCGUACAAGUUCAAGAUGGCAUGCAAGGAGGACGUGCUCAAACUGUGCCCCAACAUCAAAAAGAAGGUGGAUGUGGUGAUCUGUCUGAGUACCACAGUAAGGAACGACACUUUACAGGAAGGCAGAGAGCAGCGAGUUUCCAUGAAAUGUCGUAAACAGCUCAGAGUGGAAGAGCUGGAGAUGUCUGAGGACAUUCGUCUGGAGCCGGAGCUGUUCGAGAGCUGUCGGCAGGACAUCAAGCUGCACUGUCAGAACGUGGUGUUUGGAAACGCUCAGGUGAUCGAGUGUCUGAAGGAAAACAAGAAGCGGCUGACCCAGCACUGCCAUCAGAAAGUCUUCAAACUGCAGGAGAAUGAAAUGAUGGACCCAGAACUCGACUUCCAGCUCAUGAGAGUCUGCAAGCAGAUGAUUAGGCGUUUCUGCAGUGACACGGAUGCAAAGAACCUCUUACAGUGUCUCAAACAAAACAAGAACAGCGAGCUAAUGGAUCCGAAAUGCAAACAAAUGAUUACCAAGAGACAGAUCACCCAGAACACAGACUACCGUCUGAACCCUGUGCUGAGGAAGGCUUGCAAAGCAGACAUCCCAAAGUUCUGCCAGAACAUCCUGAACAAUGCCAAAGACGACAACGAGCUGGAGGGGCAGGUCAUCUCCUGCCUCAAACUCAAAUACGCAGACCAGCGUCUCUCUCCAGACUGCGAGGGCCAGAUCAGUGUCAUUCUGCAGGAGUCUGCGCUGGACUACAGGCUCGACCCGCAGCUGCAGCUCCAGUGCACUGAUGAGAUCCCGCGGCUCUGUGCGGAGGAAGUAGCGGCGCAGGAGCAGACGGGUCAGGUUGAGGAGUGUUUGAAAAUCAACCUGCUGAAGAUCAGCCACGAAGGCUGUAAAAAGGAGGUUCUCAACAUACUGAAGGAGAGCAAGGCGGACAUCUUUGUGGAUCCAGUUCUGCACACAGCAUGCGCCCUGGACAUUAAGCACCAAUGUGCUGCGAUCCCUCCGGGCCGAGGAAGACAGAUGUCGUGUCUGAUGGAGGCUCUCCAAGAUAAGCGUGUGAGACUCCAGCCGGAGUGUAAGAAGAGGUUACAGGACCGCAUUGACAUGUGGAGUUACGCCGCUAAGGUGGCGCCAGCAGAAGGUUUCUCGGAUCUGGCCGGGCAGGUUUUCACGUCUCCUGCCAAGAACUACAUCCUGAGCAUGUUGGCGAUGUGCGUGGUCCUGCUCUUCCUCAUGGGUCUGCUGUGCGGCCGCAUCACCAAGCGCGUGACGCAGGAGUUGAAGGACAGGUAGAGAGGAGGAGGUGCAGGGCAGGGGAAGUGCUAUUCAGCUCCCCCUGCAGGGCAAAAAGCCCAUCACGCCCCACACGCCGUUCUCCGUCCUGGGCCGGGGAAGGACACUGGGGUUGGAAACGCAAACUUGACGGAGGGGGGCGGGUGUUUAGACUCGUGCUGUGUGUGCAUUUUCGUGGUACCACCGAUGGCCACAUUGGGACCCAGUUUUAAUUGCUACACACAGUUUUUUGUUUUUUUGUUUUUUUUCCCUGACUGUGCUUGUCCUACAUCAUCACCUGCUUCUCUGAGUAAACCUGCCUGCAGCGGACCCUGCGAGCGUACUUUCUGCCGCGCGCUUUCGAACACCGUCGCGCCAGACGCCGCCAAUCAGCUUUCUUCAACUAAUAUCACAGACUUGGUUUUGCUUUCCAGCUCAAUGUUUUUAUUUAUUGUUGGUGUUUGGAUCGCAGGAGGUUCGGCUUUUGAUUUCCUUUUGUUUGCAGGGAUGGUGUUGCAAUUUUGACGUCCAUGUUUUAGGAAACAGCCAGUUGCUGAAGAUGUGCAUAUUGACAAGAAUCGAGCGAUUGAACGAAUGUGUGUCUGUGCCUUUUUGCCCGUCCGAGUGAGAGAAUUGUUGUUUGUGUGUUGGUUUUAUCAUGGGCUUGUUGAUUUUUCUUUGUCACUGGGAACAUUCUUUUCACCCAUCUUUCUUUGCAGUAGGGGUUAUACAUAUGAUUUUUGUGUCAUUUGGUUGGUUGGUUUUAAGCGAAAGGGUUCUGCAUUAUGAAGGUUUCACACGUCGUCGCCCGAUGCGUUUGAACUGGUCUUAACUGAGCCACAAGAUUUAGAAAAUGGACGAUAAAGAUCGGAAUAUCGCCAGUCUAAGGGCGACUUGAUUCUGGACUGUGAGUUGGUAUUGAUUCACGGGCUGCAUUAAGACGUCAAGCUGUUUACAUGCUGUUAUCGAUGCAGUUUCUGAUGGCAGUGGUUUGGUCGCGUCGCAUCUGAGCUUUGAAUGAGUCGUUUGAUUUGUGCUUUCAUAGUGCCAUAUUAACAAACCAUUCUGUUAGCAUAUUCAGAGUCAUAUGUGAACCAGAUUCACAUUUUUUGACGAUUUACUCACAUGGUAGAUGUCAUUUUAUUUGCUUGUAUCAUUGGGUUUCCAGACAACGUAUGGACGGUUUUAGGGAAAUGAUUGGUUUUAAACACUCCGUGUUUCGUACACAUUCAUGAAAUAAGCUUCCUUCACAGACAGCCAAUCUCUUUUAAAACAUUGUAAGCUCAGUGCCGUCCAUAAUCGCGACAUAUUACAAUUGUUUGCUUUCGCAGCCAAUUUUUUUGGUUUCGUUUCCCUGAGUCAUAAUGCAUUAAGAGUUUUUCUCAUCAAGUUAUUUUCGACUAAGUUGCUGUUUGACUGUAUUUGUAGCUUCUUAAUUCCUUCCUUCCGAAGGCUUUAAUGCAUAAACCCCCGUUUUGUCCCCGUUCACACUAAAUUUUCACUCUCUUGAGUGACGGCAUACUAUUAAAAGCGUAAUAGAGCUGUAAUGUUACAGUCCCUGUGCAUCUCUGCCUUUUAAGUUAAUUUGGCUUUUGUAUUAUUGUUAUAUUUGUAUGCUUUUGUACAAAAUGACAUUAAAGUGGACUUUGGUUCUAGUGUUUGUGCAUUCAAGCUGUGCUUUAAUAAUCUGAAUUCAUUUCAUAAUGUUGUUGGGAGGGGGGAAACCAUUCGUACUGUAAAUAGCUGUCAUUUUAAUAGAGGAUUGUGGGUAACAAACUCUGCCUUAACUUUGGCAUUUUUCUUUUCUUUGCAGAAAACUUGGUCACCCAUGGGUUGCACCCUUAAGCAAGGACAGGAAAGGAUACAUUCAAAUUGACCAACAAUAGACACUUUUAUUCAGAUCAAAUCACAUGGCUUGUGCUUUUGCAUGCAUUAUUUUGAGGCUAUAUUAUAUAUUGUUGGGAAAUUCUUAAAAAAACAAAAUCUCAUGCACUAAUGGCCUUUUAGCUUCAUGUGCUUUCAAUGCUUUGCAUAUACCUGCUUAUGAAAGCUUCAGUUCAUGACUGUGAUCUGGGUUUCCUGCAAAGAUGAAGAAACUGGUUUCAGCCAAAUAUUUUACGUUUUCAUUCAAAGCGAUUAAACCAGUACAGCUCUUCCCUCCACUGCCUAAUUCAGUCGUUGAUUUAUCACCGUAGAAAUAAGGUCCUUCAUUUACCUGUAAAUCAUUUCUUUCAGCAGUUAUUGAUCUAUUUUUAUGCAUUGAAGGAGGUGUAUAAUUGGUAUAUAUUGAUACAAAUUACUUCAGCUGUGGUGUUUGUAUAUAUUAGUACCAUAUUUCAUUCACAGGGUCUGACGAGUUUGAAACCAUUGUCUGUUUGGACUCGACAUUAGAAUUGAAUGGCUUGGUAUCCGGUGAUCUAGUUUUGGUUGCCACAUUUUUUAAUUUAUAGAAGUGUGUCUGGUUCAUAUUUCCUAAAAUAUAAUAAAAGUCAUAAAAUAGGCUUAAUUGUCUUAAAAUAAGCAAAAUUGUACACUUACACAAGUAUCUGACCAAGCCAAUCAAAAUGAAGUGAAAUUAUUAUUUUUAUUCAUUUCUUUUUGUAUGUAUCUGAACAAGCCAAUCAAAAAUGGUUAAUAUUUUUAUUUCAUUGCCUUGGGAAGAUACUCAAAAAUGAUUUCGCAUAAUUUUGUUUGGCUUGGCAAGAUAAGAAAAAAAAAAAAACAUUAAUUUUGAUGAAUUAAUUUUCAUUGGCUUUGUCAGGUACUUAAAUUGUUAAAAAAAAAGAAAUCAUUUUGAUUGGCUUGGUCAGAUACUCCAAAAAAUUCCAAACUUGGUAUCUGAACAAGCCAAUCAACAUGAAGCAAGAUUAUUUAUUUUUUGGUUUGUUUGUUUUUUUUUUUUUGAGUAUCUGACCGGGACCAUUCUGAAUGUUUCAUAUUCUUUUGAGAGCUCAAACUGCAAGUAGUUUGUAUCAGUUAUGGAAUCACAUUGCGGUUUUAAGAUGAAACGUUAUAUGGCUGUCGACGGCUGGGUGCAGGGGUUUUAUUUUUGAAUGAGUUAAACUAGCACUGGAAAACUCCCUACAUCUGUACGUCAUCCGCUCACAACCACUGCUUCCUGUCUGUCAAACUGAUAUAUGACAUAGAAAUGAUCAAAUGAUGAAUUGUUUUUGUAUUUACUUUCUGUGCACAAAUUUAUUAUGAGAAGUAUUUUUCCUCGAAUCUGAUUAAACAGUGUACUAUACAGAUGUAACAAUAACUGCGCUUUUCUUUUGUCAUUUCUCAUGUCUGGUUCUGUAAGAGUUGAAUUGGACCGUUGUUAAUAAAAUUGAUCUGAUGGUUUGUA